ACUCGUACAGCACUACUUCCUCUUCCCCAUGUGAACUCGGAGCUGAACCACAGAGAGAGGGCGGAGGGGAAGAAGCCGGUGUGAUGCCCUCCGUCGCCCCCGUUCCUUCAAUCCUUCGGGCCGGCCCCCUUCCUCUCCCUCGCGAACUACAACUCCUCCGGCCAGCGGCGGAAGGGAAGCUGGUCGCCUCUCGAGUUUGCUAGGCCGGACCUGCAGGAGGUGAAUCCCGGAUGGCUGCGAUUGACUCGAGAGCGGAAGCUACGCCCGCGGUGCCGCCCGCCCCCGAAGAGCGCCGCCAGGAAGGACUGCCUCCGGUGGGCGGACUUCUUGCGCUCGCCCCCGCAGGGCUCGUCGUUCGCGGCGCGGGUGGAGGGCCGGACCUGCGGCGUGCUGAAGAAGAGGAGCUCGGUGUUGUAGCUGCACCUGGCUCGUGCGCGGUUGCCCGUUCCCGCCGGCGGCGGAUCCCGGCUGGUGGAGUCACUCGUACUAGCUCCUAGCUGGAGGCGGCAGACCUGCAGGCGCCUGGAGGAGUCGUCGCGCUGAUGAGUCUGUUCGUCCACAGGGGAGCUGCUUCGCCGACAGUUCUGCAAUUCGUCAACUCGCCUACAUCUACAAACGACGCAAAAUACAGAGAGAUGAGAUAUCAACAUAGCAUCAGCUGUUGGUCGUAUAGGCAAUGCUGGAGCAAUUGGCUGAACGUGGAGUGGAGAUUGCAUCACCAGCAGCAUUAUCAUGGUUCCCAACACCAACUUGUGGAGAAGCCAUCGGUGGAGAACAAAAUCCUUCGUUUUACCUGUCAGAUCGUGGACCUUCUUCAGAUCGUGCCUACAGAUAGCGGCAAGAUGAACUCGUCAAAAGUUGGGGAUUUCCUGGCAAUUCCAUUUACAGAGCGGAGCUUCUACCUGUCAUCCGGCGCUGCCGAUUUUCCCUGGGAGCUUCAAUUAGAUAGCCUCAGAGGUGGCCAUUUUUUCCCCUCCGUUGUUGUUUGCAUUACUAAUGGAUUAUUAGAUUUGGCGGGCAGCCAUAUGUUUUCUGGACGCCUUGGCGCGAAGGAGAUAAUUUCCCUCCAAUUAUGUGAUCUGUUUUAACUGCAGGCUUGUAUUACGGGAGGAUUAGUUGUCCGCGUAUGAGACGAUC